AUGUCGCGCGCGAAUCCCCCCAACGCUUCGGGAUCCCGAAAGAUUUCGUUCAACGUGAGCGAACAGUAUGACAUCCAGGAUGUCGUCGGCGAGGGUGCCUACGGAGUCGUCUGCUCCGCGAUACACAAACCAUCCGGCCAAAAGGUGGCCAUUAAGAAGAUCACGCCGUUCGACCACUCCAUGUUCUGUCUCCGUACCCUGCGUGAGAUGAAACUCUUGAGAUACUUCAACCAUGAAAACAUCAUCUCCAUUCUCGACAUUCAGAAACCCCGAAGCUACGAGACCUUCAACGAGGUCUAUCUAAUCCAAGAACUCAUGGAGACGGACAUGCACCGCGUAAUCCGAACUCAGGACCUAUCCGACGACCAUUGCCAAUACUUUAUCUACCAGACUCUGCGUGCCCUGAAGGCCAUGCACUCGGCCAACGUUUUGCACCGUGAUUUGAAGCCCUCCAACCUGCUCCUCAACGCCAACUGCGACCUGAAAGUCUGUGACUUUGGUCUGGCACGUUCCGCGGCGUCGCAGGAGGAUAACUCAGGCUUCAUGACGGAAUACGUGGCGACGCGAUGGUACCGCGCGCCAGAGAUUAUGCUGACGUUCAAGGAGUACACGAAAGCUAUUGAUGUGUGGUCGGUCGGCUGCAUCUUGGCGGAAAUGCUUAGCGGAAAGCCCCUGUUCCCCGGCAAGGACUACCACCACCAAUUGACACUCAUCCUGGAUGUACUGGGAACUCCAACCAUGGAGGAUUACUACGGAAUCAAGUCCCGCCGCGCCAGAGAGUACAUUCGCUCUCUUCCCUUCAAGAAAAAGGUUCCCUUCCGGACUUUGUUCCCCAAGACGUCCGACCUGGCUCUCGAUCUUCUCGAAAAGCUCCUCGCAUUCAACCCUGUUAAGCGCAUCACGGUCGAGGACGCUCUGAAGCACCCCUACCUUGAGCCGUACCAUGAUCCCGACGAUGAGCCUACCGCGCCUCCCAUUCCGGAGGAGUUCUUUGAUUUUGACAAGCACAAGGACAACCUAAGCAAGGAGCAGCUCAAGCAGUUGAUUUACCAGGAGAUUAUGCGGUGA